AUGUCAACUGAAGAACUAACUAGACAGAUAGAGGAUACAGGUAUCUACAGUUCAUCCGAUGAGACAACCGACUCAGACUCAGAAGAUGAAACCUUCGCCAAUAAUAAUAAAUCAUCCAGAACUUCCCAUCCACAAAUUGCACCCAAAACCCUUACUGAAAAAGAAGAUAUCGUCACCAAAUAUGCCGACAAGAUCAAAUUAGAUCCAGUAAAGAAAGGUCCUAAAAUAACCAAAGAUAGAGCUAAUCGAGCCACAGUAGAGCAAGUAUUGGACCCACGUACAUUACGAUUCUUAGCUAAGAUUAUCAACAAGGGGAUAAUCUCCCGUAUUAAUGGAUGUAUCAGUACAGGAAAAGAAGCCAAUGUCUAUCAUGGAGAUAAUGAGGAUCCGGAAUACACCCGAGAAUAUGCAGUUAAGAUUUACAAAACAUCCAUCUUGGUUUUCAAAGAUCGUGAAAGAUACGUGGAUGGGGAAUUUAGAUUUAGAAAUACCAAAAAUCAAAGCAAUCCGAGAAAAAUGGUUAAAGUAUGGGCUGAAAAGGAAUUUCGUAACUUGAAAAGAUUAUAUAUCAAUGGGAUUCCAUGUCCUGAACCGGUCGAAUUAAGGUCCCAUGUCCUCGUAAUGGAAUAUCUCACCAAGGGUAAGGGAGAACCUUCACCCAAAUUAAAGGAUCAUCCAUUUAAAGAUGUAGAUGAGAUUGUUUAUUAUUAUCAUCAGAUGCUAUUCUAUAUGAGAAGAAUGUAUCAAGUGUGUAGAUUGGUGCAUGCUGAUUUAAGUGAAUAUAAUUCUAUUGUUCAUCAGGAUAAAUUAUAUAUUAUUGAUGUUUCACAAUCGGUUGAACCUGAACAUCCAAUGGCUUUGGAUUUUUUAAGAAUGGAUAUUAAGAAUGUGAAUGAUUUUUUCAGUAGGAAGAAAAUAAAUGUAUAUCCCGAAAGAUUAAUAUUUAAAUAUAUAACUGAAGACAAUCAUGCUUUGGGGAUUAAUGAUAAUAGUGAUGAGGAAUUACUGAGAUAUUUGGAAGGAUUACCAUUGAAGACGGGAGAUAAUGAUGAAGAUGAAUUACAGGAUGAAAUUUUUAGAUCAUUGCAUUUGGUUAGGUCAUUGAAUAAUUUGGAUGAAAGAGAUUUCCAAAAGUUUUCGGAAGGUAAAGUUGAUACUAUGAAGGAUUUGGUAGCUCAGAAUGAGUAUGAAGAGGAAGAAGAAGAUGAAGAUGAAAGCUCAGAAGAUGAAAGCGACGAUGACUCAUCUGACUAUUCUGGAAGUGAGGAUGAAGAAGAAGAGGACGAAGAAGGUAGUCAUAAGAAGAAAAAGGAAUGGGUAGAUCGUGAAAAGGAACUUAAGGGUAAGAAACAUGAAGAUAAAGAUGAUAAGAAAGCAAGAAAGGAAGCAGCAAAAUUAGCUAAACAAGAAAAGAGAAAGACAAAGAUGAAGAAACAUAUUAAGAAGAAGAUCAUUAAUAAAAGAAAGACUGCGAAGUAG